AUGGUUAGACCUACCAGGAAAAAGAAAGUUAACAAAAACUCGUCAUCAGCACUAAUUGAUCCACUAGAUGACCUUUACAACGAAACGGGGAUCUCCGGCGAAGAGAUCGUAAGGUUUCUGAGUGAACAGUUGGGCGUUCCGGGAGAUAUCAUUCUCAAUGGAAUUCGCAAGGUCAUGCAGGUAGCUAAUGGCACGAGGAAUAAGAAGAAAAUUAAGAGGACUAAAGCUGGUUCAAUGUGGACUAGUAGACCAAGAAUAAGGCGCCGACCCAGGGGGAGACAUCUCUACAAGGCGAAAACAGCUAGACACUUAGUCACACGCCGAAAAAGCCUUGAAGACAAAGAAGGUCGUGGAUGGACUUCCUUUCUUGAUGACGAUGUUCUGCAGCAUUCGGUGAAAGGAAACCCCAGAACAACUCUUCGAAAACUUGCAGGGAAUGACCACCUCGAGGCGAUUGGAAAGAAGGCAAGAGUGGGGACGGUCUGGCGGAUGAACGGUCAGUCGGUAUCAGUCCUAGCCAUGGAGAACAUGAAGAUUGUCCGGAUGGGCCAGCAUGUCCUCGAGUUCGAGGACUCUCCGGACGUCGGAGACUUCUUUGUCGAGAAGGCCAGGAUCGAACUAAGGGAGACUCCCGAAUUGAGGGAAGCCGCGUUGAAGGAAUUCAGGAAGCUUAUAGAUGGUGAGUCCAGAUUGUUUUAG